GUGGUGGGAGGGUCACUGCCUAGGGGGGCGUUUUCGGAGUUAGGGCUCGGGAGGGGCCUGCUUUUCCAUAUGCCUUCUUUGCUGGAACCCAGGAAAGCCUUACUAGGAAAUGUAGUGACCCUGGACAAGUCACUCCACCUCUGGGGCCACAUUCGCUGGGCUGCUGGGAGAAGGCUGAGCCCUGGGGGUGCUUCUAAUUUCUCUCAGGGUACUGACAGGCCUUCUGAGCUUCUGUGAUCUACUGGUUCUAGAGUAAAUGCAACACCGGAUUUUCCAAUUUUCCAGAGGGGAAAUUACACUGGGCCCUGUGGGAAUCCGUUUCCUGGUUUUCUUUCUUUCAUAGGGGUUGUGGGGCAGUUGUACCCAUAGUCUCCCAGAAGGCACCCUCCCUCCCGCUCACAUUUAGUCCCAAAAUAAACCCAUUUCCAGUUUCUAGUUUCUUUUUUUUUUCUUUUUCUUUUUCUUUUUCUUUUUCUUUCUUUCUUUAUCUUUUUUAUUUAUUUAUUUAUUUUUUGAGAAAGGGGGUCUUCAAUUCAAUUCCAUUUCUGGAAAUAUCCUGCUCCAAGUUUUCUUUUCACUUUUUGGAGGCAAGUUGGGAAAGCCAAUAAACAGACCAAUUCUUGCUGGUCCUCGAAGUCCAGGAAGAGGUGGGAACACAGGGCAGGGACAGCGGUGGGAGGCCUACACCCAGAGGUGGGUGGCAAAAGUGUAGUGCUCCCCCCUAGCCUGACAGGAGGGAGGUUCCAGGUGCCCCCUGCUGCUGGAGCACUUCUUGGGUGGGUGGAUGGGGAUCAACUCCCAGACUUGUCCCCAGGGCAGGGAAUCUCCUGAGCAAACUGGUUCAUUCCUAAGUGCCUUCUGUAAGGUAGGAUUCUUUGGUUGCUUCAGGACCCCUGGCUGGUGCUGGAAUUCCUAUUUGACAGACUAGAAAGCUGAAGUUCAGAAAGGUCAUGGAUUCACAAAUGGGCAGUAUGGGUUCUGAGCCAGGGACUCUGGAUAGAUGGCCUAAGGCUCAACCACCCCUGCAGCAUGCAAGUGAGAUAUUAGGUUGAACCCUAUGAGACCCCAGGCUCUGUAGAUUAAAAACAGAUUAUUGGUGACUUCCUAUGGUUCAACCUACUACAAAUGGCAAGUCGAGGUGCCCUGUCUUCCUUUUGCUACUUGAGUUUGAGACACAUUUCAGAAGUGGCCUGGGGGGGGGGGGCUGCCUGUUCUUCUUCAGCUUGGAGGCGCUCCCCCAUACUCCACACUCCAGUCUUGCUGCAAGCACCCUCUCCUCGCAGGAGCUAGCUUCAGACCCAGGCUUCCUGACCACUGUGCUGUGCGCGCUGGGUGGCUUCUCGCUGCUCCUGGGCCUGGCGUCCCGGGAGCAACGACUGCAGCGCUGGACACGUCCCCUGUCGGGCCUCGUAUGGGCAGCGCUACUCGGGCUAGGCCACGGCUUCCUGUUCACUGGGGGCCUGGUGAGCGCCUGGGACCAGGUGUCCUUUUUCCUCUUUGUCAUCUUCACCGUGUACGCCAUGUUGCCCUUGGGCAUGCGGGAUGCCGCUGCUGCGGGCCUUGCCUCAUCGCUCUCCCACUUGCUGGUCCUUGGGCUGUACCUUGGGCCUCAGCCUGACUCAAAGCCGGCGCUGCUGCCACAGCUGGCAGCGAACGCGGUGUUGUUCCUGUGCGGGAACGUGGCUGGAGCGUAUCACAAGACGCUGAUGGAGCGCGCGCUGCGCGCCACGUUCCGCGAGGCACUUAGCUCCCUGCACUCGCGCCGGCGGCUGGACACCGAGAAGAAGCACCAGGAACACCUUCUCUUGUCCAUCCUUCCUGCCUACUUGGCCCGAGAGAUGAAGGCAGAGAUCAUGGCACGACUGCAGGCUGGACAGGGGUCAUGGCCAGAAAGCACCAACAACUUCCACAGCCUCUAUGUCAAGAGGCACCAGGGAGUCAGUGUGCUGUAUGCUGACAUCGUGGGCUUCACCCGGCUGGCCAGUGAGUGCUCUCCUAAGGAGUUGGUGCUCAUGCUCAACGAGCUCUUUGGCAAGUUCGACCAGAUCGCCAAGGAGCAUGAAUGCAUGCGGAUCAAGAUCCUGGGAGACUGUUACUACUGUGUCUCUGGGCUACCGCUCUCCCUGCCAGACCACGCCAUCAACUGCGUGCGCAUGGGGCUGGACAUGUGCCGGGCCAUCAGGAAGCUCCGGGCAGCCACUGGCGUGGACAUCAACAUGCGUGUGGGCGUGCAUUCGGGCAGUGUGCUCUGCGGAGUCAUUGGGCUGCAGAAGUGGCAGUAUGAUGUCUGGUCCCAUGAUGUCACACUGGCCAACCACAUGGAGGCGGGUGGCGUGCCAGGACGAGUGCAUAUUACAGGGGCUACCCUGGCCCUGCUGGCAGGGGCUUAUGCUGUGGAGGAUGCAGCCAUGGAACACCGGGACCCAUACCUUCGGGAGCUAGGGGAGCCUACCUACCUAGUCAUCGAUCCCCGGGCUGAGGAGGAGGAUGAGAAGGGCACUGCAGGAGGGUUGCUCUCCUCUCUCGAGGGCCCCAAGAUGCGUCCGUCGCUGCUGAUGACCCGCUACCUGGAGUCCUGGGGCGCCGCCAAGCCUUUUGCCCAUCUGAGCCACCUAGAGAGCCCUGUGUCCACCUCUACCCCUCUCCCGGAGAAGGCCCUGGCUUCCUUCAGCCCCCAGUGGAGCCUGGACCGGAGCCGUACCCCCCGGGGGCUAGAUGAUGACCUGGACACUGGGGAUGCCAAGUUCUUCCAGGUCAUCGAACAGCUCAACUCUCAGAAACAGUGGAGGCAGUCAAAGGACUUCAACCCACUGACACUGUACUUCAGAAAGAAGGAACUGGAGAAAGAGUACCGACUCUCUGCCCUCCCCGCCUUCAAAUACUAUGCAGCCUGCACCUUCCUGGUUUUCCUUUCCAAUUUCAUCAUCCAGAUGCUGGUGACAAACAGGCCCCCAGCUCUGGCCAUCACCUAUAGCAUCACCUUCCUCCUCUUCCUCCUCCUCCUCUUCGUCUGCUUCUCAGAGCACCUGACGAGGUGUGUCUUGAAAGGCCCCAAGAUGCUGCACUGGCUGCCGGCACUGUCUGGCUUGGUGGCCACACGGCCCGGACUGCGAGUUGCCCUGGGCACAGCUACCAUCCUCCUGGUUUUUGUGAUGGCCAUUCCCAGCCUGUUCUUCUUACCGGCAGCAUCAAACUGCCCUUUUGGGGCUCUCAAUGUGUCCUCCGUGGCUUUCAACAUCUCCUGGGAGCUCCCUGGGUCCCUGCCUCUCAUCAGCGUCCCCUACUCUAUGCACUGCUGCGUGCUGGGGUUCCUGUCCUGCUCCCUCUUUUUGCACAUGAGCUUCGAGCUGAAGUUGCUGCUGCUCCUGCUAUGGCUGGGGGCCUCCUGCUCCCUCUUCCUGCACUCCCACGCCUGGCUGUCCGACUGCCUCAUCGCCCGCCUCUAUCCGGAUCCCUCGGACUCCAGGCCAGGGGUGCUGAAGGAGCCCAAACUGAUGGGAGCUAUCUCCUUCUUCAUCUUCUUCUUCACCCUCCUGGUCCUGGCUCGGCAGAAUGAGUAUUACUGCCGGCUGGACUUCCUGUGGAAGAAGAAGCUGCGGCAGGAGCAGGAGGAGACAGAGACCAUGGAGAACCUGACUCGGCUGCUGUUGGAGAAUGUGCUCCCUGCGCAUGUGGCCCCCCAGUUCAUUGGCCAGAACCGGCGCAACGAGACACUGGGAAUCUUGUCACUGCUCCUGUUUCUAGCUUCACAUUGGCUACUAGAAAGCUCAGAGCCAGAAUCUAGGACUCACAGGGACUUUAUGGCACCCAUUUUGUGAACCAACUUCAAAUCUUACCUUUAUUUUCUUACCUUUUCUUACCUUAUCUUACCUUUAUUUUCCUUUUGGCCCCUUUUCCCUAUUACUUUAUCUUCCAAGUUGUAGCUAUCUUUGUAAGCUGACUUAGUUGACUUAACACCUUUCGGCAAUGAGAUAUGAUAGAAAGAUGAUUCCCGCUGACAGGAUCCCAGCUCUUGAAGAGACUCCCUUCACGUGGCUAUGAGGUGAUCCUGACUCCAAACCCCUGUCUCUCCUGGAAUCGUAAUGAGACCCAGUCUUUGACUCCCGAGUCACACAUCCCUGGGGUAACCUGGCCCUACCCCUCUCCCUCCUUUCCGAUCCUUCUUAAAUAGAGGGGUAGGAGUAUGGACACAGGGAGGAGGGUCCAUGCAGGCUCAGAAGGGGGAAGACCAUGACUUGCUCCCUCAACCCAGCAUCCCACCCUCCAGGACCUCUACCACCAGUCCUAUGAGUGUGUCUGUGUCCUGUUCGCCUCAGUUCCAGACUUCAAGGAGUUUUACUCGGAGUCCAACAUAAACCACGAGGGUCUAGAGUGUCUGCGGCUG